AGCAAAUGAGCAGCAGAGGUCUGAGAUCCGCGGCGCUCUCUGCGAAUCUAAUGCGAACGAAAACAGACUUUUGUAUUAAAACGCCGAAACUGUCGUCGAUAAAGUGCGUCGUUUUUGCGCAGAUGGGCUUCAGCGAACGCAGAGGAGCUGAAUUGAAACCCGUUUUGGCGAUGACAGGCGUUUGAAUGAUUGAAGAGUCAGGCCGCAACAGCAGCGCCAUGGCAGACAGAAGACAACUGUUUGCUGAAAUGCGUGCACUAGAUCUGGACUCUAUCAGAUUGUCCACAUACAGGACAGCAUGCAAGCUGAGAUUCAUUCAGAAGAGGUGCAAUUUGCAUUUGGUGGAUAUCUGGAAUAUUAUCGAGGUUUUCCGGGAAAACAGACUCAACUCCAUGGACCUCAACACAGAGUUCACAGUGUCACAUUUGCAAGCAAUACUGUCCACCAUCUUUUACCAGCUGAACAAGCGCUUGCCCACAACCCACCAGAUCAAUGUGGACCAGUCCAUCUCGUACCUCCUCAACUUCCUGUUAGCUGCCUACGACCCGGAAGGUGUGGGAAAGCUCUCGGUUUUUGUGGUGAAGAUGGCCCUGGCUGCCCUCUGUGGAGGGAAGAUUUUGGACAAACUGAGAUAUGUAUUUUCACAGAUAUCAGACCCAAACGGAGUGAUGAUAUAUUCACAGUUUGACCAGUUCCUAAGAGAAGUGCUGAAACUGCCCAUGACGGUUUUUGAGGGACCAUCUUUUGGGUACACAGAGCAGUCCACAAGAACUUGCUUUCCACAAGAGAAAAAGGUCUCGCUCAAUGUGUUUCUCGACACAUUCAUGUCAGAUCCUCCUCCUCAGUGUCUGGUUUGGUUACCGCUGAUGCAUCGACUGGCAAAUGUUGAGAACGUCUUCCAUCCUGUGGAGUGCUCCUACUGCCACAGCCAGAGCAUGAUGGGAUUCCGUUACCGGUGCCAACAAUGCGAUAAUUACCAACUCUGCCAAGAGUGUUUCUGGAGGGGCCAUGCCUCGGGCAGCCAUAGCAACCAGCACCAGAUGAAGGAGUACAUGUCAUGGAAAUCUCCAGCUAAGAAGUUGUCGGACGCUCUCAGUAAAUCUCUGAGUUGUGCCUCCAGUCGAGAGCCUCCUUACCCGAUGUUCACCGAUACACCUGAGAAACCGCUCAACCUCACUCAUGUUGUGCCUCCCAGACCUGUGACAAGUGGAAAUGAAUACAUGCUCUCUCACUCCAUGCCUUCCUCAGGAAACCCUUACUCCAGCAAAACAGGUGCUCAUGACGAGACGAAGCAAAUGAAGCUGUUUUCCCGGACGACCCCAGAUCUUUUAAAAGGGAAAGGGGUUCAGUACAGCCUCGAUAUCGCGGAUAGGCUCGCUGACGAGCACAUACUUAUCGGACUUUAUGUGAAUCUCCUCCGAAAGGACCGUUCAUGUUUUCAGGAGAGCUGUAAAAACCAAGAUGAUGAGCACUUCCUCAUUGCUCGUUACGCCUCCCGAUUGGCUGCUGAUGGAGCUGCAGCGAAGACCAGAGUCCCAGCGGACAUCUCUCUCUGUCUAGACUCCAAUAAACAGCAACGACAACUUAUCGCUGAGCUCGAGAACAAGAACAAGGAGAUUUUGCAAGAGAUCCAACGCCUGAGACAACAACAUGAAGAAGCUUCCCAGCCUCCGUUAGACAAAAGCCAACAAAACCCAACGUUACUGGCUGAACUGCGACUGCUCAGGCAAAGGAAGGAGGAGUUGGAGCAGAGGAUGUCGGCCCUUCAGGAGAGCCGUCGAGAACUCAUGGUCCAACUAGAGCAGCUCAUGCUUCUGUUAAAGGAAGAAGAGCUAAAAAGAGCUAACCAGGGCCCUGGCCCCUCCCCUCGCUCCUCCCCCAGCCACACCAUCAACACAUCCAUCCAAUCAGUGUCCGGCAAUACCACACCUAUCCCAAUGCCCGUCCAAUCAACAUCCGGCAAUACCACGCCCAGUCAGACGCCUCAGGACUCGCUCAUGGGCUUGGGAGGAGAGGUGCAGCAGGCCUUCGCUCAGGGCUCCAGAAGGAACUUACGAAAUGAUCUCCUGGUAGCUGCGGAUUCCAUAACCAACACAAUGUCUUCAUUGGUGAAAGAGCUUAACUCGGAGCCAGGGAGUGAAACAGGCAGCAUCCCUGACCUCACAUUCCCAACGUCAGACGUUCUCCAUGCCAGGAGCGCUUCAAGAUCAGGGGCAGCAGGUAAGCUGGAGCCAGGGGAUUUCUAUGGACAUGAUCUGGAAAAGCAGCUGAACAGAGAGCUGAAGAUGGAGGAACGACUCAGACACACGCAGGAACAGGACAAGAAUGUCCUGGUGACCUUACAAGAAUAGCUUCAUUUUAUUAAGCAAUGGGAGACUCUGAGUGACUCUGAAGCACUGUGCAACCAGACCUGAGCUGGGACAUACGACACUUCUGAAAAGCAUCAACAAUACUGUGGUACACAACCCAAUCUAUAAAUAUAGAAAUAUAUUUUUAGAAUCUACAAGAUGUUUUAAGACAAUACUGUGAACCGACUUUGGAAACUACAAAUAAUGGAACUGUCUACAACACCGCCAGUGCCAUAAAUCCAGUGAUUAUGAGAUUAUUUCCGUUCCUUGGUGUUAACGUGUUCGAUUUGGUUUAUUUCCGUGUGUAUCUGUACUGUAUUUAAAUAUCUGUUGGGUAAAGUGGGGGUGAUCUUUAAUGAAGCUGCUAUCUUUACAAACGACAUCUUUUAUUGUACAUUUAAGAGCAGAAUAGCCUGACCCGAUGCUCUUUUAAAGCAUAGAAAUAUUAGGAUUAUGUUGUAGCUUCAGCUUCUCUUUGAGAGCGGAAGGAUUUGAGAUUUUCUCAUAGUGUUUGAUACACAAAAUACACUGCCUUAGCUUAUCAGACUCGGUUUAUUUUAAUAGAUGGAUAGGUAUGUGUACUUUGUUGCAAUUUCAUUUUUAAAGACAUGCAUUUUAAUCAAUAAGACCAGGGCAGAAACAAGCAAAUCUCAUUUGUCACCAGGUCUUAUUUAAUUUUUUUUUUUUACUUUAUUUUUAACAAAUCCCCAAAAUAAAAAUGCAAUAUGUUUUGCAUGGAGAAAAUAAACCCUUUUUUUAGGACCAUUACUAUUUCUGACAUUGUGACAGUUAAGCACAGCUUGUAAUAAUAUAAAACAUAUAAAUUUAAUACACUACCAGAAAGAAAUAAUAGAAAUGAAUACUUUUAUUUAGCAAGAAUGCUUUAAAUUGUUCAAAAAUGAUGAUAAAGACAUUUAUAAUGUUACAAAAGAUUUCUGUUUCAGAUAAACGCUGUUCUUCUAAACUUUCUAUUCAUCAAAGAAACCCGAAAAAAUUAUACUCAGCUGUUUUCAACAUAAUAAUAAUAAUGUUUUUUUGAGCAGCAAAUCGGAAUAUUAGAAUGAUUUCUGAAUGAUCAUGUGACUGGAGUAAUGAUGCUAAAAAUUCAGCAUUAAAUCACAGACACAAAUUACAUUAAAAAAUAUAUUCAAAUAGAAAACAGUUAUUUUAAAUAGUAAAAAUAUUUCAAAAAUUUUACUGUUUUUGCUGUACUCCAGAUCAAAUAAAUGCAGGCUUGGGGACAUUAAAAAUCUUACUGUUCAAAAACUUUUGACUGGUAGUGUAUAUUCCAAAAUAUAUUGCAUUUUUAUGCUUCUUUUGUUAAUUUCCUUGGAUUUUAGAGUCUAUUGCAUGUUUUUUUCAUGAGAUUUACAUUCAGUGAAACAUAUUAUGUGACUCCAAAGGGCACACAGUACAUUUACCAUGCUCUAUUAUUCAACUUACAAUGUUUUAAAUGUGUUAAGAAACAAAAAAGUAGACAUUUUCAAGGCGAAUCUAUGAGACAGCAUCUGACACUACUGAAUGUGCUGUUAUGUUGUUCAAGAACUGACAAGAUGCCUUUUGAAAAAGCAUAUUUUGGUGUAAGAUAUGUUGAUCUAGAACAGAAUUUUCAUGCUUGGGUUGAUUUUGUUGGUGAAUAUGAAUUCCUUGUAAAGACCGUCUCCAGUAGACGGGGUUAAGGAAGACUGGUUUGGCUUUGACCAUCUCCAGACUCUUUCAUUGAUGUGUUUUUCUUUGAUAUGCUACUGUCACACUGCAGCGCUCUCAUUGUUCUCACUGUUUACUCAGACAUACAGUUAUAUACCAGAACAACAACAACAACAAAAAAGCAGCAUCCGCACUCCGCUGCCAACCAUUGCACUUUUCAGUGAUUUUGCAUGGUACUAAAGAAAAAUAAAAAUAUUAUGUUGUACAAGUAUUA